CCGUAUACAUCAUAUACACUGUUCUAGACACCCCGGAAGGGUGGCACUUUGUGUUACUAGUUAUGCACACUUUGCGUCAUUUGUUUCGUUUCAUGUUUAGUUAGCUGGCUAUAGUUGUUAACGUUGGUCCGGGGAAAUCCGGGCGGUUGGAUCAAGUUUUGUUAGCUCCUCCUCAGGCAUAUUAGCCUGUUGAAGUUUUCAGGUGCUUCCCCACUAUGAGUCUUCAGUCUCGGAGGAUUCGGCUAAAGCCCUGGUUGGUUGCCCAGGUGAACAGUGGGAAGUACCCGGGCCUGCAGUGGAUAAACUCAGAGCAGAAACUCUUCCGGAUACCCUGGCGCCAUGCCACCCGCCACCUGCCUGCACAGGAGGACGAGAAUACCAUAUUUAGGGCCUGGGCUCUGGAGACUGGCAAGUACCAGGAAGGGGUGGACGAGCCCGACCCAGCAAAGUGGAAGGCCAACCUGCGCUGCGCCCUCAACAAGAGCCGCGAGUUCAGGCUCAAGUAUGACGGCACCAAGGAGACUCCCGUCCAGCCGUACAAGAUUUACGAGGUGUGCGACCAACCGUAUAACGGAGAUCCUGGUGAUGAUGAUGAAGAUGAGCUACCAGACAUUGUGGGUCUCUCAAUAGAUAGCAGAAUGGGAGAGGUGUCCAGCUAUGCAGCGUUCCCUGGUCUCCAGGGGGAGGUGCCCUUCAUCAGCUCCCCCAUGAGUGACAGCUACCUCACACAGAUGGCCGUCCCGCAGGGCAGCUUGCCCGUCGCCCCCGGCGGGGGCAUCCCCCUGGCCAGCAUGCCCCUGUCUGACUUCCAGAACCCCGUGCCGCUGGUGGGCGAGGUGGGGUGCGGCGGCUUCGCCCACGGCGGCAGCCUUCCAGGCGUGCACGGAGAGAUGGUCCCGCCCCCCGGGCCGCCAGUCAUUGACGACAGCCCCAUGCCCGAGGCACCAAAUCGGGUGGCGGGGCCAGUGCAGCCCUGUAUAUAUGACCUGCUCAGCAGCCCCCAUAUGCUGCCCUUGACUGAUCUGGACAUUAAGUUCCAGUACCGGGGCCGGGCAGCCGGCUCUCAGACCGUCAGCAACCCGCAGGGCUGCCGGCUGUACUACGGCCACCUGGAGCCCACGCCGGACCAGGUGGACCUGUUUGGGCCGGUCAGCCUGCAGCAGGUCCGGUUCCCCGGCACGCAGAACGUCUCCAACGACAAGCAGCGCUUCUACACCAGCCAGCUGCUGGACGUGAUGGACCGCGGCCUCAUCCUGGAGAUCGAGGGCCAGGACAUCUACGCCGUGCGCCUCUGCCAGUGCAAGGUGUUCUGGUCCGGCCCGGGUGUGUCCGAGCAGGGCCCGCCCAACCCCAUGGAGAGGGAGAGGAGGAUCCGGGUGUUCAGCCUCAACAGCUUCCUGCACGGGUUGAUCCUGUACCAAAAAGGAGAAGCGCCGGCCCCACCCCCCUUCGAAAUCUACUUCUGUUUUGGAGAGGACUGGCCUGACAGGAAACCCAAGGAGAAGAAGCUGAUCAUCGUCCAGGUGAUUCCUGUCGUUGCCCGGAUUCUGACGGAGAUGUUUUCGGGCGAGCUCUCCUGGUCGACGGACAGCAUCCGCCUGCAGAUCUCCAACCCGGACCUCAAGGACCAGACGGUGGAGCAGUUCAAGGAGCUGCACAGACUGUUACAGAGCCAGCACGCUCAGGGCCAGUGGGGCCCGACCAUGCCCUGAACAUAACACUCCUGCUCAUGGGCACUUAAUUGCACACUGGGAUUGGAACCAAAGCCAUACCGGCCCUGACUGCUAUUGUGCACAACCCUGUUCCGUGGUACAGGGACCUGCUUAUACGGGUCUGUCUGGGAUGCCGUCCCAUGGUGCAUCUUCAUUUCCCAUGACAUGUCUCAACCAUUUUCUUCUAAGGACCAGCUGUGCUGAGAUUACUCUGUGGAGACCAGGGGCCAAACUGUGGCAAGAAACUAGCCAAUGAAAUAUUCUGCCUAUUGUACAUUUGAUAAAUUGUUUUUAGAGUGGGCUUCCACUUGAAUGUGAUGCUUCAGCACAAUAUUUAGAGAUUGUGGUAUUUUUAUUUCAAUAAAGACCGUACCAGUAUGACAAA